UUUUGUGGACGCCACUAUCUGCGCAUGCGUAACCUUUUAUGAAAACACCGAAUGCAGACUGGUGACCGCAUGAGGGUAUUUCACUAAAACAAUGCCUUAUCGAGCUAGCGGUGGCUUCAAUUUAACCUCAAGUGUGACAGCUCGGUGAGUGACCAGAGAAUGGACUUCACCGUGUCGGCCUCAAGUGGGUCCGCAGAGGCCAUGGAGGGGAUCUGCGUCAUGCCCGAUCUCAGUGCCAUCAAGACCGAGCAGUCAAUGGGCGCGAGCCCCGUUGACACCGGCACCCAAAAUGUGGCCAUGGGCAUUAAGUUCAUCCUGCCCAACCGAUUCGACAUGAACGUCUGCUCGAGGUUUGUCAAGUCGCUCAACGAGGAGGACAGCAAGAACAUCCAGGACCAGGUCAACUCUGAUCUGGAGGUGGCUUCCGUUUUAUUCAAAGCCGAGUGCAACAUCCAGACGUCACCUUCCCCGGGCAUACAGGUGCGCCAUGUCUACACGCCAUCCACCACCAAGCAUUUCUCCCCCAUCAAACAGUCCACCACCCUCACGAAUAAACACCGGGGCAACGAGGUGUCUUCAACGCCUCUUUUGGUGCAUUCUUUGUCCAUUCAUCAGCUUGCAGCCCAGGGGGAAAUGGUGUUUCUGGCCAGCAGGAUUGAACAAGAGACCGUAAUCAACCACCAAGACGAGGAAGGCUUCACCCCCCUGAUGUGGGCAGCUGCACACGGACAAAUCGCUGUUGUCGAGUUUCUCCUCCAAAAUGGUUCUGACCCCAACCUCCUGGCCAAAGGGAGGGAGAGUGCAUUGUCCUUGGCCUGCAGUAAAGGGUACACAGACAUUGUGAAGAUGCUCAUCGACUGCGGUGUUGAUGUCAACGAAUACGAUUGGAAUGGAGGCGCCCCUCUGCUGUACGCCGUCCAUGGGAACCACGUGCGCUGUGUUGAGAUCUUGUUAGAGAGCGGCGCUGAUCCCACCAUUGAGUCCGAUUCUGGAUUCAAUGCAAUGGACAUGGCUGUGGCUAUGGGCCACCGGAAUGUUCAACAGGUGAUGGAGGCACACCUGCUAAAGUUGCUGAUGGGGAUCAGAGAAUGAAUGGUGACGGCUCGUGGGCCGGCAGGAAAACCUUGUUACUACUGAGGGAUAUUUAAACAGCGUUGCAGCAUAUCAACAUUAUUUUGUUGGCAUGCCGUACAUGAAGGUUUUUGUGCAGUGCACAUUUUAAAUUUGAGCCCCCGUUUUACUUUUACUGUUUUUUUCUUUUCCCCACAUUGAAUGUGGAGUAGCAGAUCUGAUCCAGAUAAACGGGAGAGAUUUUCAAAAGGACAAAAAUGUCAAGUAGAGUUCUUUUCUACAACCCAGCAUGCACUGCUCUCCGACUGUAGGACGCUGCAUAACGUGGAAUGCAGUGUAGGAUUGAUUUUGCGUUCAUUAAGCAUGGAGGUUUUGUUUUUGAGUCUUUUAAUCCGUGUUGCAUCCUUUUUCCCGUCAUGUAAGCAUUUGUAUUUCUUAACUAACUUAAUAGCCAUGAAAAUAAUCAAUUUUUCAAAGAAUAUCAAUGUAAUAAGUUGAAUGGAGCUCGUUUUGCUCAUGUAACAGCGGGCAGGUUGAAAAUAGGUUUUUACAGACUUUUGCUGUACCGUUAUUUAUUUGAAAAAUGUAGUCAAUGUGUUGUAAUGUGACAAAAGUAUAUUGAUUUGAAGUCUGUUGUUUCCCCGUGUAUAGUAAUAAUGUCCGCUGGCAUGUUGUGCAUUUGAAAAGGGACCUCACACCUCAUUAAAGGGUCUUGUGGUGCCGUUGGCCACCGAGUGUGAUGGUGCUCGUGGUUCCUACCAGUCAGGCGGUGCAUCGACAGAUACCUGAAACCGACCUCUCUAAUUCUGUAGUGAUCCAUCUGAAUGAGUCGUGAACGGACAAAGCAUUGUUUUGUCACAGCAUUAUUUAAUUAAAAAGAUCUUUUUAAACUGCAAAUGGAGGCAGUUGUGGGGAGAAAUCACUUAUUUAGUAGUUGAGUGAUGUGCACAGAACAAAGCUAUAAGAAUAGUUGAGAUGAGAAUCUAAUAAGAUUCUUGCGAGUCUAAAAAUAUAUUUGAAUCACAAUUCUGCUCAUAUUUUGUCUGUCUUAAGUCAGAAAUCCUUCAGCGAAUUCAAACAAAAUGCUUUCCUUAUUUCAAAACUACAUUUUCAGUGACGUGCUCCUUUAUAAUUGAGUUCAUAAUGUAAAAACACUCAACGUGCACACUUAUGGAUGCCGACCAAUUUAAAGAGCAGGUACAAAAAAAAAAACAUUGUGGCAAUUUUGUGGACAGUAGCAACGGUUUAUUCCAUAUAUGGAGGUUUGAGCGAGGCCAUGAAAAAUGAAGGUUCAGUAACACGUACAGCGGGAGCCAUGAACACAAUUUACACACAAUCUCCUCUAACUGGACAUACGGAGCACAACAAGCAUGUGGAGAGUGGUGGGAAAGAAGAAGUGGAAUGAGUACUAAAAUACCGUACGCUUCAAUACUGCUUUCCCCACGGUUUUGAAUACUUCAGUACUAUUAUAGAAAAUGACUCAAAAUAAUUCAUAAGAGUAGGCAAUUACUUUGUUCAGGUGGUGCACAUUUGACAGAAUGCUCACAGCCAAAAGUUGACAUUAUUCCUCUUCUCGGGUACUUUAACAAUUAGCGCUUCCACCUCUCGAAAUGGACAUAAAAAAACAUCUUGUGCCUCACAUGGUCCUGUCAAGUUUUUAAACGACAGGGAGUCCCGUUUCCUCUAGUUAGCCUCAUCCUUGGA